UCUAGCAACAGCUUUCAACCCAGACAGCUGGCGGCGGAAACUGAAGCGCAAUUCUUUUAACUAUUAUUCGCCACCCGUUGAUCAUAAUUAUUAGUCGCUGAGCUGAAAACAGAGGGGAGAAUAACUCUGACCUCUGCUCAGAGAUAUGAGCGGCAGCGGGCGGCCCAGGACCAGCUCGUUUGCUGAGCCGCCAGGUGUUCCAGGAGCCCUCGCAGCCUCCGCCGGAUCAGCCGCUGCCGUGGGGAGCAGCACAGGAAAGUCCGGGGUCCCGCAGGCCUCCGGCAGCAGCUCGUCGGGAUGCUCGAAUCUUAAGCUUUCCAGAGACAUUGGGAAGGUGACGACAGUCGUGGCCACACCGGGUCAGGGUCCAGACCGCCCACAGGAAGUCUCCUACACCGACAUCAAGGUUAUUGGAAAUGGAUCAUUCGGAGUCGUGUACCAGGCUCGGCUCAUCGACAGCCAGGAGAUGGUCGCCAUUAAGAAAGUUCUGCAGGAUAAGAGGUUUAAGAACCGAGAACUACAGAUCAUGAGAAAGCUGGACCACUGCAACAUUGUCCGCCUGCGGUACUUCUUCUACUCGAGCGGCGAGAAGAAAGACGAGGUCUACCUCAACCUGGUGAUGGAUUUCGUCCCUGACAUGGUCUACAGAGUUGCCAGACAUUUCAACAAAGCCAAGAGCAUCAUUCCGAUCAUUUACGUGAAGGUGUACAUGUACCAGUUGUUCCGCGGCCUGGCCUACAUCCAUUCCCAGGGGGUUUGCCAUAGAGACAUCAAGCCCCAAAACCUGCUUGUUGAUCCAGAAACUGCCGUCCUGAAGCUGUGCGACUUCGGCAGUGCCAAGCAGCUGGUUCGCGGAGAACCCAACGUGUCGUAUAUCUGCUCUCGGUAUUACCGCGCCCCGGAGCUCAUCUUUGGUGCCACAGACUACACAGCAAACAUUGACAUCUGGUCGGCCGGCUGCGUGCUGGCAGAGCUCCUCCUCGGUCAGCCGAUAUUCCCUGGAGACAGCGGCGUCGACCAGCUGGUGGAGAUCAUCAAGGUGUUGGGAACGCCAACGAGGGAACAGAUACGAGAGAUGAAUCCAAACUACACAGAGUUUAAGUUCCCACAGAUCAAAGCUCAUCCAUGGACCAAGGUGUUUAAACCGCGCACUCCCCCGGAGGCCAUCGCUCUCUGCUCCCGGCUGCUGGAGUACACGCCUGCGUCACGCCUCUCCCCGUUAGAGGCCUGCUCUCACGCCUUCUUCGACGAGCUCCGCCAGCCGAACACGCGGCUGCCCAGCGGACGAGAGCUACCGAUGCUGUUCAACUUCAGCACCACAGAGCUCUCCAUCCAGCCUCAGCUGAAUUCGAUCCUCAUCCCUCCUCACGCUCGUUCUCAUACAGCUGCUUCCGUCCACGAUGGUCCCGGUUCAGAUUCAUCUCACCACAGCUCGGUACCAGGAUCCCUCAACAGCAUCUGAAGCAGCGUGUCGCCGUCCACCUGCAGGCCUCUUUCUCUCGCACACACACACUGCUGCUGCUGCUGCUUUCUGUCCUCUAAAUAAUCUGUACAGUAAAUCUGUUAAAUGACUGUUAGCUCUGUAGCUGCUGGCGUGGAAACGGCAGGAGGUUUGAUAGUGGGGGCUGGUCCUCUGAAAUAGAACGUCUUCUUUUUUAAUUAGCCUUUUGUGUUAAUUUAUUUGACUUUCUGUAUGAUGUGGCAACAUAUUAUUAUGAUUUUUAUUCCUCUGUGAUUUUAAAUCCCAGUUUUAAAGCGAUGGACUGAAUUCUGUCCGAGCGACACCAGAGUCGGGUCUGCAGGUGAUCCGGCCUCUCGGCUUUGGUGCAAAUAGAAGCACUAGCACCAGCUACGCUUAGAGAUGCAUUCCUGAAGCUGUUGUUGCCAGGCAACCGGCUGAUUAUAUUAGCUAACUAGCUUCGUAGCUCAAAGAUGUGAUUCCCGAACGGCUUAUUUUAAGACGUUAGACGGAUUGAAGCUCAGAUGGUUUGACUUCAGACAGUGGACGUUUUUUUUCAGUAGCAGAGGCGUCUGAAAAUAGAUCAAAACGUAGAAAUGUAAACUAGAACCAAUCUGGUUGUUAGAACAAGUGAUUUCCAGCUUUUAAUGCAAAAUCCUGCUGAGUAUAACUCGCUUCGCUUCGUAUGCGAGAGCCAACCUGACCGCAGGUUGAUCAGCGGCUGAAUAUAAAUCACUCAGAAACAGUCGGUCUUUAUUAGCCGCCUCAAAAUUAGCAUCUGUUGGUGAGCGCCCUCCGCUGGAUGAGGGAGGGAAUUUUUUCAGGUUGGAGAAGCGACGGCUCAGUCCAAACACUCUCCAUCCUCCAAUGAAAGGAAAGGAGAAGCUUCCACCUUUCAGCAAAGCUUUGAUCACAAAUAUCUGUUUGAUGAAAGAUUACGACUGUUGUUCUUAUUAAUGAGCAAUAAGGAAAAGUUUAAUCAGUCGACGCUCUAAAGAAAUCUGAAACGAGUCGUUUCUGUGAAAACUUCUCAUGUUUUUGGUCCCUAUUUUAAAGGUUUUCUAUAUUUAAACAUCCUCAAAACACUUCUUUUUAUUAUCUAUGAGUAUCACCAUGUUUUCGGGGAGGAAUUAAUCCAAAUUCUUUUAAUUUUUUAUUUUUAGCGGUGAUCUGAAGGCCCUUAAAUCAAGCUGAGGAGUUUUUUUAUCGGAAGUGUUGGAGUUUUCCUGCUUAUCCGAUGGAAUAAAAGCUGCUUUACGUUCAGUUCUUUUGACGUGCUGAAGAUGAGGCAGAUGUUGAGGUUUCUGGGAGCUGCUGUCUUUCUGUCUCACAUUCGUUUGAGGACAGAGAAUUGAAACUUUUAACCAGGAAUUGAGAAUUUAGAAACCCGGCGAAUGUUUUUCCUUAUGUGUGUCGGAGAUUCUUCACGCCUGCCAACUGUUUUAGGGUUAGGAGCCAGAUUUUAGUCGGAGCGCUUGGAAGUUUGUAGUUUUAGUAUAUUUGAUACUCCGGUUCCAUACGGACCGCCUGCUGUUUCUAGCUGCUGCCUGAGCUCCUCUCGCUGUUUAAUUCACACAUUAGGAGGAGAGUCGCUGCCAACUGGUUUCUAACUGGGAAGCUGCCAGUCUGAUGAGGUCACUGCCGCCCACAUGCCCGCUUUAUGUCCACACGGCGCUGCUGAUCGUCCCCGCAGGGCGCGUCGGCGCUCAGAGCUGUCAGGAUUACUACGGCAAUGAAAAAGCGUGAAAAUAAAAUAAAAACCCUGCAGGGAGGAAUCAGUCCGGGCCGAUUUUUUUCUCCUCGACUCUCAGAAGCCAUUGAUUUCCUCACUCUUAUUGCACAUGUAAAUAUCACUGAUUUUAUUUCUUUCCUUUUUAUUAAAGACAGAGUCGGUUAAAUUUGACCUUCCUCAUUCUGUCGAUGAAGAUGUCUUAGUUUGUAAAUACGUUUUUUUUUUUUUUUCUCCACAAUUCAAAAUGUAAAUAAGGAAAAAAAAAAAAUCGAACUGCCACUCAUGUUUGCAGAUGAUGUUUUUCUCUCUCUGUCAUUUUUUGUGAAAACUGUGAAGAAACUCUGCGGUUCUCCUUCCAUCGGUCCUCUCCGGGUCCGUCCCGAGUUCUGAGAGGGUUCUGUUCUGAAAAGCCGUCUUCCGCUCUGAUCCUACUUCAGAUUAAACUCAACUUGACUGAAUGUCGCUUGUUUUCUGUCCACCUCUUUGUCUGAAAACUUAAACUGCUUAUUUUUGUGGUUGUUUCCAUUUAUAAUUAGAUCUGAAGCAUUUUAAUUUGUAGUUUUAUUAUGUUUCCAAACAUUUUGAGGAGUUUUCUGCCAUUUUUUGACCUGAAAAACUGAUCCUGGAACGAGUUCAGAUUAAGAGCUCUGACGCUUCUUUUUUUAGACCAAUCUGGAUCUGAUCAUUGUAAAUAAAAUCCAGCCUCUUUUUCUUCUCGGUCAAACAUUUUGUUUAAUAGUAAUAAAGUCUGAAGGGUUUGAAAUCUGAACCAAACCCAUUGCUGGAGUCACAUGUCCAAUUUAAAGCCUUGAUCUCAAAGCGUCCAGAAGCCAUAAAACAAAAUAAACUGUGAAAUUAACAUUUUUAUCCUCAUUAAUCGAAUUUCUAAGUUGGUGCGAGAACAAACGGUUUAUCUUUGUCCUUUGACUCAUGAUCUUCAGUCACAUAAUCAUAAUAAAAUAAAUCAUGAACCAGAAAUUCAGUCAUAAGAUUAUUGAAACUGAGGUUUAACCCAAUCAUGAGACUUAAGCAAGAAACAUUUAAUUUCUUUCUGUUUCUAUGCAGACAUAGAAAAUUAUCAGACUUCCAGAUGAUGUAG